UAAUAAUAAUGUGUAGUGUAGUGUACUAAACUAAGCUAAGACCAACAAGUACUAACAAUACCAUGUCUCAGAAUCCAUUAGAACAUUCUGUAGUUCAUGAAUAUUCUGUAUUAUACUCGGAUAGAAUCUUACAAAAGGAUAAGAAAUGGAAUGAUGGGAAACUACGAUUUUAUGAACUUAAUGGUAAAUUAGAAGUAUCAAAUUCCAAUGAUAAUAUUAUAGCUAGUGAUUUCUUUGCAUCUAAAUCCAAUUCACAAAUUCAACAUAAUUAUUUACGAGUAGAUAAUCAAUUUAAAUUACCUAAUCGAAGUUUACUUAUUGAAAUUCUUGAAAUUGGUCCUGUUUAUGAACGUGAUAUAUCUAAAUCUUUCCCUAAGAAAUCUCCUAAACCAUUAAAAAUUAAUGAAAAUAUUCCUAUGGCUUUAUUAAAAAUUGAUCCUAAUAGUUUGAAUUUACUGACUACUAGAAGACGUCGUAUAGGUUUAACUAGAUCAACUAAAAGUCAACUGAUACCUCCUAGUUUACCUGUAUCCAUACCUGUUCCCGUACCCAUAACUUCCAAAAAAUCAUAUACUCCAAUCAAACAGAAUAAUGUGUUAAAGUCAAUUAAUAAACAGAAAUCAACUUCUAACGAUAGAAUCAAGAAUUUAUUUAAGAGAUAUGAACAAAUCAAUGCCUUAACUCUUCCAAGAAUACCUCCUUCAAGCAAUAAACGACUACAGUUUUUGCAACAAGAUCUUGUCACUCCAAAUUCAGAUCCAAUACCUAAUAUGGAAGUAAGAAUAAAAGUUAAGGAAGAAUCUAUUCCAAUAAUCUCAACUACUACUGUUGAAGAAGCAGAUCUCAUCUAUGAUUUAUCAGAUCUUGAAGAAGAUGAUAAGUUUCAUGAAAUGAUUAUUAAAUUGAGAAGACAGAGAGAAGAAGAAGAACUAAAAAAAUUGGAAUCAGAAGCUUCAACUGAAGAAUACCCCCCUUUAACGAAUUAAUGAAAGUAAAUAAAUAUUUAGAGAAAUUUAAGAAUUUAUUAUAAUAGAGAAUAACAAUAAAAUAUAAACCAUUUCCUAGUAAGUAGCAUCAAAUAAAAAUUACCACCAACUCAACAACAACAGCAACAACAACAACAAAAUAUUAUCAUGAAAUUAUUAAAAUAAAAACCAUACAAAAACCAAAAUACUAACAAACCACC